AUGAGCAGUUUACACAACAACCCUCAUCUAGAGCUGCCACCACCACAGCCUUCAUCUCCUCAUCAUCCACAACAGCAACCACAACAGCAACAGCCUAUUGCCUCGGUUUACCCAAAGCUACCAUCUCAGGACGAUUUGCCUCCAAGUUAUUCGGUGUCAUCACCUAGUUAUACAAACAUGCCGCAAGCACCCUAUCCACAGUACAGCCCACAUCAGCAACCGCAUCAGCCAUCAUAUCCAUAUCCUCAAUACCAAGCAUCACCUGCUCCUCAAAAUCAACAGCCCAAUGGACCACAACCUCCUGUAAUGUAUUACGGCAGUAUGGCGCCGCCUGAUACCACUCAUCCUCAUCCUCUUUCCCAACAACAAGCACAGGCUCAAUCACAAUCGCAGCACACAGUUCAACCGAUAACCGCAUUAAGGACAUCAUCUGAGUUGGUGCAAUGCCCACAUUGCCAACAAUUGGUAUACACAGUUUUGGAUUACGACUCUGGUUUAUGCACUGGAUUGUCAGUUGCAGGACUCUUCUUGGCUGGCUGUCACAGUGGAGGCUGCUUGAUCCCAUUCAUUUUCCCCUACACAAAGGACGUUACGCAUCAUUGCCCCUCAUGCAAAGAAAAGAUUGCAACAUUUACAAGACUCGAAAGAGACACAAGAGUGACCGCAGCCCCAGUUGGAUUAUAA